AUUAUAUAUUAGGAGACACAGCGACAGACAAGGGUCUCCGCCAUAAACGACUGCCCUUCCUCCUUUCCAUGAAACUUCCUCCUCCUCCUCCUCCCUUUGAUUCCUCGUUUCCUGUUUUUAUCCCUCAUCUCACUCACCACUCGUCCCCUUAAAUCCUCACUCAAUACAGUCAGUUACUCAACUUCCCCCAAUUCCCUCUGCGUCUUGAAACAAAACCUGAAUUACCAAACAUGGAAGGAGGAGUCCACCCGUUGCCGGAUACUUCCGCUUUCAGAGACUGCUUCGCCCUCACAUGGAAGAACCCCUACGUUCUCCGCCUCGCUUUCUCGGCCGGCAUCGGCGGCCUUCUCUUCGGCUACGACACCGGUAAUUCCCUCCUCCUCUCUCUCUCUCUCCGUUCUCCUCUGACAUUCACUCUCUACUCUGCCCCGCAGGAGUAAUAUCCGGCGCGCUUCUCUACAUCAGAGACGACUUCAAGGCCGUCGACAGACACACUGUUCUCCAGGAGAGCAUAGUGAGCAUGGCGGUGGCAGGGGCGAUCAUAGGAGCAGCAGUUGGUGGGUGGGCUAACGACAGGCAUGGCAGGAGAAGUGCACUUCUCGCAGCUGAUUUCCUCUUCUUCAUUGGAGCUGUGAUCAUGGCUGCCUCGCCCGGACCGGCAACGCUCAUCGUCGGCAGAGUCUUUGUGGGUCUUGGAGUUGGGAUGGCAUCCAUGACAUCCCCGCUCUACAUCUCGGAGGCCUCUCCGGCGAAAAUCAGAGGCGCACUCGUCAGCACGAAUAACUUCCUCAUCACUUUCGGCCAGUUCCUCUCUUACCUCAUCAACUUAGCCUUCACCAAGGUUCCAGGAACUUGGAGGUGGAUGCUCGGAGUAGCAGGACUUCCCGCUCUGUUGCAGUUUUCGUUGAUGAUCUUCCUUCCAGAAUCACCUCGUUGGCUAUUCCGCAAGGGUAGAGAAGAGGAAGCAAAAGCAAUCCUGAGGAAGAUUUACCCAGCAGAAGACGUCGAGACAGAAAUCCAGGACCUCAAGGACUCAAUCGACAAGGAAAUCCGCGAGGAAGGAACCUCUGAGAAGAUCAAUUUCAGGAAACUCUGGCAAACCAAGACUGUCAGGAGAGGACUUAUAGCCGGUGUAGGCCUUCAGGUGUUCCAGCAAUUUGUGGGGAUCAAUACUGUCAUGUAUUACAGUCCAACCAUAGUUCAGUUGGCUGGCUUUGCAUCGAACCAGACCGCGCUUCUGCUGUCCCUUGUCACCGCGGGGCUCAAUGCCUUCGGCUCCAUCCUCAGCAUUUACUUCAUCGACAGGACGGGGAGGAAGAAGCUUCUCCUGAUCAGCUUGUUUGGAGUGGCCGUUUCACUUGGCUUGCUAGCAGGAAUUUUCCACCAGACCACCACUCACUCUCCCAUGGUGACUGUCGCUUCCGGAACCAAAUUCUCCAACAUGACCUGCCCUGACUAUGGCUCGGCAGCAAACUCGGCUUCCUGGGAUUGCAUGAAGUGCCUCAAAGCUUCGCAUCCUGAUUGUGGGUUCUGCUCUGCAGCUUCUGAUAAGCUGCUACCAGGAGUGUGUUUGGUAUCAGACGACACAGUAAAGGAUCUGUGCCACGGUGACAGCAGGGAAUGGUAUACGAGAGGAUGUCCAAGCAAAUUCGGAUGGUUGGCACUAAUCGGUUUAGGUCUGUACAUCAUCUCAUUCUCGCCCGGAAUGGGUACAGCGCCUUGGAUCGUCAACUCCGAGAUAUACCCACUGAGAUUCAGAGGUGUCUGUGGAGGGAUAGCUGCGACGGCAAACUGGAUAUCCAACCUCAUCGUAGCACAGACUUUCCUGUCCUUAACCGAGGCCAUCGGGACUGACAUGACUUUCUUGCUGUUCGGGAUCGUGUCUGUGGUUGGUUUCUUUUUCGUCAUAGUCUUUGUGCCCGAAACUAAAGGACUGCCCAUUGAAGAAGUCGAGAAGAUGCUCGAGUUGAGACCCCUGCAGUACAAGUUCUGGGAGAAGAAGAAGAGACCCGAAGGAACGAUGGAGGAGGAGGAGAAGUUGGACAAGAAGAAUCAAGGUGUCUGAAACAGAUUUGAAGCGAAGUUUGCAUAUGAACUGUAAUGCGGAGGAGGGGAAUUGGGUUUUGUCUAUAUACUAUAUAGUGCAGAAGUGUGAGCUAGUAGGGGAGUUUCUCUCAGAGAGGGAAAGGUUUAGUUUGGGUUACUAUUACAGAAACUGGCACCUUCAAUUCAGCUGUGGACAACUCCUCAAUAUUCAUACUGAGAAAAAUUGUUGGUAUAAUAAACUGCUUCUGUAUUGCUUUAUUAAUGGUUCUGUCGCCUGCACUGUUAGAACUGUAAGUUGGCACUUGGCAAUGAUCGAGGCAUCAAACCCACCCCAGUUUGCUCCAUAACACAAAUCCUCUUUUCUUAGUGCUGAGCUUCAAGAUCAGUAAUGAUUUUUUAUGCUAAUCCGGCACUUGAGCGUAGAUGUUUGGUUAAUGGGCAGGAAAU